AUGGACAAUCGAUCUGCAUUCAAAUCGUCCAGAGGCGUCCAAUAUUCAUACGAAUAUAAGCCUGCCAAAUCGAAAUCCACGCUUUUAUUUCUUCACGGUUUCCCCUCACACUUAGGCGAAUGGGCAAACCAAGUCAACCAUUUCGCAGCCCUUGGCUACGGCACAAUUGCCGUAGAUAUGCUUGGAUUUGGCCACAGCAGUAAACCCGAUGAUGGAAGCGAAUUGACCUUCAAGUCCAUGGCGGCAGAUCUUAUUGAGCUUCUUGAUGCCCUCACCGUAUCAAAAGUCAUUGGCAUUGGCCACGACCUAGGCGCCAACUUUCUCGGCAAGUUGGCUGCCUUUUAUCCGUCUCGCUUCAUCGAACUGGUGUUUUUGUCAGUUGGCUCCGGUGUGCCCGGCCAAGAAUUCAACAUUGAUAUGAUUCAUAAAAUGACGAAGCAAUUCCUCGGCCACGAAAUGUUUGGCUACAUAUCAUGGCUUGCGGCGUCACCAAACCCGCACCAAACGCUCGAGAAGCAUGCGGCGUCUGCGAUGAGCUUGCUAUAUACAAGCGAGCCAAGUACCUGGAACCAGCACUUCCACCCUCUUGGAAACUUUGAAGCUUUCGUUUCAGCCGAUGAGACGGUGCCGAUAGGCGCGUGGUACACUGCAGACAUGCAGAAGCAGCAUCUUGCUCUAUACGGCGCCAAGGACGGAUACAAGGGCGCCACAAGGUGGUACCAAAUGAUGGUAGAAAACCUAUCUCUUGCUGGCGAAAAAGAGAUAGAAGGAUCUGAAUUAUCCAUGCCUUCGCUAUUUGUUGGACACGGUGAGCAGGAUCCCUUGUCCGGCCAACAGAUUCAGAUGCUGCAGCCAUGGGUCCCUAACCUACAGGUCAAGCAUAUUCCUUCUGGUCACUGGGUUCACUUGGAGAAGCCAGAAGAGACAAACAAGAUAUUGGAAGAAUUUUUCACUACUCUUUAA